UCCGUUGUCAGGUGGCGCUGCUAUGGAAAGAUGCGAUCAGAAAGCUGACGGAUGGAAGCUGUUGUUGAGUGGUCAUUUCGGUAAUAGUGGCUAAAACAAACAUAGCGCGAUAUCAAUCCUCCAUAUACGGUCUCCUUUCGUUGGGGAUAACCAACUGCGUAUGCACCGAACAAAUACGUUUAAAGAAAUGUUCAUGCUGUAGUAAUACAACGCAGACUUUCCUCGGCGGUUUCAGCUCGAGAGCUCCAGCAUGUCUAAGCGGCGCUCUUUGGAGAGGGGGGCCGGAGAGACUUCAGGCAGGGCCAGCAAGCUCCUCUGUCCUGGAAUCGCUGGAAGCAACGCGAAGAGGGCAGGUCCCUUCAUCCUGGGGCCUCGUUUGGGGAACUCGCCCGUGCCAAGUAUAGUGCAGUGUCUGGCCAGGAAGGAUGGGACGGAUGACUUCUACCAGCUAAAAAUCCUGACGCUGGAGGAGCGGGCAGACGCGGCCGCAGAGACCCAGGAAGAGAGGCAGGGGAAGAUGCUGCUGCACACCGAGUACUCCCUCCUCUCGCUGCUCCAUAACCAGGACGGAGUGGUGCACCACCAUGGCCUGUUCCAGGACCGGGCGUACGAGAUUGUGGAGGACCCGGAGGCCAACAAUGGCAAGGUACGCCGGAUGAAGAAGCGGAUCUGCCUGGUGCUGGACUGCCUCUGUGCGCACGACUUCAGCGACAAGACUGCGGACCUCAUCAACCUGCAGCACUACGUCAUCAAGGAGAAGCGGCUGAGCGAGCGCGAGGCCAUCGUCAUCUUCUACGACGUGGUGCGUGUGGUGGAGGCCCUGCACAAGAAAAACAUUGUUCACCGAGACCUGAAGCUUGGAAACAUGGUGCUGAACAAACGGACUCACCGGAUUACCAUCACCAACUUCUGCCUGGGCAAGCACCUGGUGAGCGAGGACGAUCUGCUAAAGGACCAGCGAGGAAGUCCAGCCUACAUCAGCCCUGACGUACUGAGUGGCCGGCCGUACCACGGUAAGCCCAGUGACAUGUGGGCCCUUGGCGUGGUGCUGUUCACCAUGCUCUACGGCCAGUUCCCCUUCUACGACAGCAUACCUCAGGAGCUAUUCCGCAAGAUCAAGGCUGCAGAGUACUCCAUCCCAGAGGACGGGCGUGUGUCGGAGAACACUGUGUGUCUUAUACGGAAGCUGCUAGUGCUGGACCCCCAGCAGAGGCUGACUGCUGCCGAGGUCCUGGAGUCUCUCAGCGGCAUUAUUGCCUCAUGGCAGUCAGUAUCCUCUUUGACCGGACCUCUUCAGGUUGUACCUGACAUUGAUGACCAGGUCAGCCACCCAGAGCAUCUCCAGGAGGUGAAAAUGACAGAGGAGUCGUCGCAGUACGAGUUUGAGAACUACAUGCGCCAGCAGCUGCUUCUGGCCGAGGAGAAGAACACUAUUCACGAGGCCAAGGCCAGCUUCCUCACCAAGCGCCAGUUCGGCGCCAUCCCGCCCGUGCGACGCCUGGGCCACGAUGCCACGCCCGUCAGCCCUCUGGAUGCCGCCAUCCUGGCCCAGCGUUUUCUCCGGAAGUAGCCCCUUCAUUCAUCGCCUUGACAAGUGGCGUGAGGGACACAAGGGUUGGGUCGGGAAGGUACCCUAAAACUGAGAAUAUCUGUGGGAGCUUAGCCCCAGCUCAACCCUCCCUUGGGUAGAGAGGCCCCUAGCUGUGGUAAGUUAGGUGGUGUGGGAACAGACAUGUGGGGAGGGGGCACCAGAACUGAUCACUCACCUGACAACCUCUCAUAGUUUUCACACGUCAAGUCUGGGUGUUGGCAGUGUGCACAGGAAUGGCAAGGCUGGAGAAUCUAAGGAUCUGAACCAAAGGCUCCCACUGACCCCCCCCACCACCACCACUGAUCUUAAACACACUGUUCUCUCACCCAGCAAUGGGCACAUAUGGAGUCUUGCAGGCCAGGGGGAUACCAGACACUGUAUGUGUGUUUGGACAUGAAAAGCUCCCCCAUUGUUUCUAUCUGCUGAGACCUGGCCAUCGCCCUCCUACCUACCCCCAUUUCUUCUUGAAAACCCUGAGCAAUACAGGGCCAAAAGAAUCAUGUAGCAACCUUCCUCUAACCUCCCUCCCUCAACUCUCCAAACUGGGAUCACUUGAUCAUGGACAUCACUCACGUGCCCGCCCGCUCCACUCUUUAGUUUCCUCAUAACCAAAAUGAUCUGGGCUAGUCCUGUCUCUAAACUACGACUUCAAAUCUACCUCUCUCAAUCUUUUUAUUUUUUUUAUUUUUUUUUCAUGUGUCCAUUUUUCACCAUGUCCACCAUUCUCAAACAAGGAAUUGUCGGUAGUGUUGUCACCGUAGACAGAAAGCAUUACUAUGUUUUGUCGCAUAAAGGUUUGGAAUGUGGAAUAUGAAUAAGCUUUUUUCCUUAUGAAUAAUAAGUAGCAUUUUACCCAUCUUACAUUGAAGAUGCUAACUAUCAAAGGGUGGCCAAAUCGCUUACUUCUGUCUGUACGUCUAGCCGAUUGCUUUGCUUUCGCUCACCCCCUGUGGAACUUUUUUCCAUUUAGGCAUCUAGUGUCAAAUACCUGGAGGUUGUGACGCCGAGAGCUGGAUGGGGGAUGUUUUAUUAGAUGUUUAAGGUUGAUCCUCUCUCGUUAUUGCUGUUCUAAUUGGCAUCUUUGAUUAUUAAUCACGACAUGGAUGCUAUCAUUUUCUGAGGGGUGAAAAAUCAUGUAGAGUCUUAACUGAUUGUUAACCAAGGAAAUGAUACCUCUCCCUCAUUCACCACUGAACAACUUCCAGGUAUUCAACUUCCCAUUUAUCCUGUGUGACAUCAUCAUUGUGGGACAAGUAUUGGGCAUGAAUGUGAAUGAUUGGUAAUGCCAGUGAUUGUCAGUGUGUAGAUAAGUGUGAUUUUGGGCCAGGGGGCUGUAUUAGACAAAGCCAUGUCCUUUUCAGUGGUAGGUGUUGACUAGAGCAGCGUUAUUUAAGCCCAGUGAGUCAGUGCACACCCUUAAACUAGCCAUCCUCUCAAUCUCUUUAUCUUGCCUGCCUCAGUUGCUUGCACACACUGAGAAUAUAUGGGCUUUUCUAAGACUGUCUGGACUGAAUGUGUCCGCUAUGAAAGAUGGGCAUCCCUCAUGUUGGCCCUGUCUUAGUCGUGAAUCCUCUAGUGCGUAGCAAUGUCUUAAGUUUAAAAUCAAACAAAAUUGUAAUGAUCACAGUAGCUCUCAAGCCCUUUUAGCUGUUUUAAGUGAUAUUGUAGUCGCUGAUCAUGAAAGACUUACUAUGAUGUUGAUAAGGAUAAUUGAAUAGAUAGUGUGAUAUUUCAGAGAAACUCAAUGAUGUUGCGUCUCCAUCACUCGGUUAUGCCAUUGUUAUGCACUUUCUCAAGCCUCCCUCUGCUGGCGGUGCCAUAGUGGUGCCAAACGUCAUGAUCAAUCCAAUCAUUCUCCAGAGGCUAACGGCUGUUUUGUCUAAAUUACACCAGUGUCCUGGAAAUAUGAUGACAUUGCUAAAGUAGGUAGAUAUUUAGUAGGAAACAACUUUGCCGUCAAAUUUACUUUAGGCAGAUGGCAAUGUCAUAAGUUGGCAAAGUUUGUCCAAAAAAGCUAGCUAUGUUGCUAAGCUACUAACUUGUGAACGAUAUUAGGCAUCUGUUCACAUAGGCUUGCCCAUCUUUAUGGGUAUCUGCAUUGCUUAGACCUUCACCCUAUUUUUAUAUCCAAAUUGAUCACAUGAGUAGAAACUCAAGUCAGUUUCCUCCUAUUUCUUUGUAUAUUGUCUUUUUCCUCAAUUUCAUGUUGAUUUUGUUAUUUAUUCACUGUCCAUUUUCAGGUAUCCAAUCUCUGCCAUUUAGCUUUAAGCAAGAAGUCUUCUGGUUCCAUUUGUUUCUCCAAACAUUCAAACUUGAGCCACCAUUGCAGUUUUUUUUCUCUCAAGAUCUUUUUAUUAUUUUUUACCAUUGCCACACUCGUGGUCAAUUUAAGCUACACUACUAAUAAUGAGACUGACUGCAUAGUUCUAUUUUUUACACAGAAAAUAAUCGCACAUUAUAAUGAUUUAUGGUAGUGAUGUUUAUUAGCCUGGUCACAGUUCUGUUUGUGCUGUCUUGCCAACUGUUACCUUGACAGUGACAAACAGAUCUGGGAUCAGGCCAACUGUUUAUUGCCCCAUACCAGACUUUUGGUCAGUAUGUAAAUAUAAUACCAUCAGGCAGCGACAACACCAGUAGAGCUUCCAUCUAGUGGAACGAAUCCAGCUCUGACCAGGGGUACAUUCAGUGAGGUGAAAUGUUGCAGAUAGGAAUGUGUUGAAUAGAACUGACAAGAUUUCCUGUUAUGUUGAAUUCAGAAUCAUAUCUUAAUUUCUAUCUGUAAGUUUUGUAACAUUGCACACUCCUGAACAGCCCGCGGUAACACAAAUUAUAUAUAGACAUGCAUUAGAGGCAGUACUAGCCACCCCAUUUGAAUGAAAAAAUAUUUCAAUUAGAUUUUGAGGAAUGUACGCUUCCCCCCACCUCAAUGUGAAUUUCUGGGUAUAAAAGCAGUAUUGUAGUUGAUAGUGUCAGUAGUUCAUGAGAAAAAGGUAUUUUGUGAACACCACAGCCCUUGCUGAAGUUGAAGGCAAAUUUCUCAUCCCAUCUUACUUGAGGGUGACCAUAACCCACUAUUGGAUAUAAAUAUGUAGGUUUAUUGGAUAAGACCCUUGAUAGUAAUGUAUUAUCUGUAGCAUUAUCAAGAUAGUGUUCACAUUUAGCUGUUGGAAUUGUCCCAUGUCUAUGAAAGUUGUCUCCUUCAGACGGUCUGUGGACUGAAAGCACCAUAACGAAGCAUGAUGUUGAGCUCUUUGUAAAAUGCGAUUUUUGCAUGAUUUUCUUUUUUACUUGCAAGGUGGUCCCACAAUAUAAUUCCCUGUAAUCCACCAACUGAGAAGAAUUGGGAAUUUGAGUAUUAAGGAAAAACCUAAUGUUUUUCAUAAUACAACCGAUUUUCAUUUAAUGAACAUUCAACAUAAUUUUUCAUUUUUACCAUAAUUCUAAAAUGGAGGAAAUGUCUGUCAGUUUAAUGAUGUAUUUGAUUUGCUGAAUAUUUGAACUGGAAAAUAGAUAAUGGUGUAUGAUAUGUGGUGGUAAAAAUGGUUGAAAACCAGCAGGAUUUGUUGUAAGCUGCUUGGUUGGAUAUGGGCAUCUAAUACAAAAACCUGGCUAAUUGUACAGAGAUGGAAGAAAAUUAAAAGUUUGUAUAAAAUACAUUAUUUUUGUACUUCAUCAAAUCUCUACAUGCAUGUCAGCAAUAAACUUUGAUAUGGAAAAAUUCUC